UAAAACCCUACGACCAGUGCAGGGUUCAGAACGACGAUGUCUGGUUCUGCUUUGCGGCUCUAUCCUUCACCAUAACUCCGUCACCCUCUCUAUCUCCGACGACUUUUUUCCACCGAUUCCCCGCCGAUCACUCUCGCCGCUGCUAUUUUAUUCACUCUUCCCUCUAUCUAGCAUGAUUUCUGCCGGAAAAGUUCAUUAUUUUGUUCGUGGUUUUUUAUGGGUCUUCAAGUAUCGGAACCCUAUCUGUUAAUCGCUUUUUGGGUCAUGGAGUUCGCGUUGUUAAUUCUCUGAAUCAUGAUGAGAAGAUUUCUCCGGAGGAAUGUGUUCGAGGCUGUGGUUUUUGCGGGCAGAAAUGUUAGUCCUGCCUCGAGUUCACGUAUCGUAAAUGGGAUCCAUGGUCAAGAAGUGCAGUUUUGUGCGAGUUAUUCAUUUCUUGCGAGUGAUGAUGAGAAAAAUGGCGAGCAAGCAAGAACGGUUUCAUUGGCAGGAGAACUCGCUUGUCUUGUUGAAGAAUCGUCUUGUCGUCUUCAUGAAAGAAAACCCAGAAGCCGUGUGGAGCUAAAGAAAUCUCUGGAACUCCGGAUAAAGAAAAGGGCCAAGGAGCAAUACACUGGCGGGAAGUUCAAAGACCUGUUGAAGAAAGUGGUUGCCAGACCAGAAACCCUUCGGGAUGCUUAUGAUUGUAUUAGACUUAACUCCAAUGUUUCGAUAAAAGAGAGUGACGGGGAUUUAGCGUUUGAUGCUAUUGCAGAAGAGCUCUCGAGCGGGACUUUUGAUGCUAGUGCCAAUACAUUCUCUCUCGUUGCGAGAGGUAAGACCAAAGAGGUACUUGUUCUGCCCAGUGUAGCCUUGACGGUUGUUCAAGAAGCCAUCAGGAUAGUUCUGGAAGUUGUUUACAGGCCCCAUUUCUCUAAGAUUUCACAUGGUUGCCGAAGUGGGAGGGGAUAUACCUCCGCGUUGAAGUUCGUCAGCAACACGAUGUCUAAAUCGGAUUGGUGUUUCACUUUGUGUCUAAACAAAAAGCUAGAUAGUUGUGUCUUUGAGAAACUGCUUUCUGGAAUGAAGGAGAGAAUAGAAGAUGACAGCUUAUAUCGCUUGCUGCAAACUAUGUUUGAAGCUCAGGUUCUCAAUCUUGAGUUUGGAGGAUUCCCAAAGGGCCACGGUCUUCCACAAGAAGGGACGUUGUGCCCUGUAUUGAUGAACAUAUAUCUUGACCUCUUUGACCGUGAAUUUUGCAGAAUCUCAAUGAGGCAUGAGGCACUGUAUCCCGAUUCUCUUACUAUUGAAAACAGGUCCGGUUCUAAACUUCGUUCCUGGUUUAGGAGACAGAUCAAAGAACAAGUUUUGAAAACUACGCCGGGCAAGGAAGACACUGUUGUAAGAGUUAACUGUUGUAGAUUCAUGGAUGAGAUCUUUUUCUCUGUUGCUGGUCCCAAAAACGUUGCUUGUGAUCUAAAGUCUGAUGCUAUGGAGUUUUUACGCAACUCUUUGUAUUUGGAAGUCAUGGAUGAAUCGGACGUAUCACCAUGUGAAGAGACACGUGGGAUUCGCUUCCUGGGGACCGUAGUUAGAAAAAUUGUGAGAGAAACACCGGCUGUUAGAGCUGUUCACAAGUUAAAGGAGAAGGUCAAGCUGUUUGCAUUGCAGAGAGAAGAGGCUUGGGGCUUGGGUACCGGUAGGAUAGGGAAGAAAUGGUUGGGACAUGGUUUGAAGAAGGUUAAAGAGUCUGAAAUCAAAAGCUUGGUCGAUAGUAACUCUACGUUAAGCAAAAUAUCUUGCUUCAGAAAGGCAGGGAUGGAAACUGAUCAUUGGUACAAGGCCUUGGUGAAAAUAUGGAUGCAGGACAUAGUAAAAACCUCAGCAGCUAGAAGCGAGGAGUUCAUAUUGUCCAAAUAUGUUGCGGAACCUUCACUUCCUCAAGAACUAAGAGAUUCAUAUUACAAGUUCCAAAAAUGUGCUUCGGAAUAUGUUUCUUCAGAGACAUCUAGCUCGGAAGCACUUUUGGCAAGUCCAACCUCUUCUGUUGAACCUGUAUGGUAUGGAGACAUUGUUGCUCCUACUGAUGCCAUUAGCAGGCGUCUUUCUCGCUACGGAUUAAUAACCACAGAGGGUUAUGCUCAUUCAAAUUCUUUGCUAAUUUUGCAAGAUUCAGAUCAGAUAAUUGAUUGGUUUUCAGGACUUGUUCGGCGAUGGGUGGUGUGGUACCAAGGCUGUAGCAAUUUCGAUGAGUUAAAGCUCAUCAUCAACAAUCAGGUCAGAAAAUCAUGCAUCCGUACUCUGGCAGCAAAAUAUCGAAUACAUGAAAAUGAAAUAGAGAAACGCCUGGAUUCAGAACUUAGCGCGAUUCCAUUUGUUGAAGAGAUAGAACACUGGAAACUAGAUUCUCACGCCUUUGAUGGAGAUGAGAAUUUAACUUAUGGCAUUUCUUAUAGUGGUUUGUGUCUAUUAUCUCUAGCCCGGAUGGUGAGCCGGUCGAGGCCUUGCAAUUGCUUUGUAAUCGGUUGCUCGGCCCCAGCACCUUGUGUUUAUACGCUACAUGCAAUGGAGAGACAGAAGUUUCCCAGUUGGAGAACUGGAUUCGCUGUUUGUAUUCAUCCUAGCUUGAAUGGAAGGCGGAUGGGUUUGUGUAAACAACACUUGAAAGAUCUGUAUUUAGGUCAUAUAUCUCUGCAAGCCAUCGAUUUUGGAGCCUGGAGAUGAUUAAUUUAUCGUAGCUAUAAAACGGCUGCUACUUGUGGAUAUCUUCCCAACAUCUUGCUUGAUUCAGCCUGGAGUGUUAUGGCGAGACAUAAUCGAGAUACUACCCUUUCAUGCUUAGGUGUGGCUUCCUUUGAUGGGUGGAGCAUUUUACUGCAGGUAUGGAACAUUUUACAUAUUCGUCAUCAAGCUCACUUUCCUUGCUGAAGUCCAUAGCAAUUCGGGUCAUCGUCAAGUCACUUUGAUCAGUUUCAGGAGCGGACUUUGGUAAUGCUACAUCCUCACCCGGAACGUAGCACGUAACUGGUAUGGUGAUACCCGGGUGUUCAGAAAUUCUCCAAGGCUAAGGCUUCUUUGUCAUUCUGGACUGGACCCAAGAAAAAUAAUACAACCACUUGGAGAGAUACAAUGUUUGAAGCCAAUCUCGUGCCCUCGUUGAGUCCUUUACCGACAAGAAUUCCUACUGAACAAGGUGCAUUUUCAAGUAGAUUCUGGUUGAAUAAGCGGUAGGCCGGGUUGAUGGCUUUCGUUCCUCCAUCAACUGUUUGCGGUUUGUGGAAUGGUAUAAUUAUGAAGGAUUCAUGUUUAUCCUCUGUUAGGUUGGAUAUAUCUUCGUACAUCGUAGACUUAGAGUACGGAAAAAUAGAUGUAAAGGGCUGAACGUUGACUUACGCAGCGUGUUGCUCGUAAUCCUCAAAGGCAUUGAUGA